AUGCCUUGCAAACGUAAGUCCAGCCCUUCAAGAGAAUCUUCUCAAAGACAAGCGAAAAAAUUAGCUCGAUUGCUAGAAUCUUUAAAAUAUGCUGAACUGAUAAGGCAAGAACAAGCAGAGCGUCAGGCUGCUUUUAGAGCAUCUGAGACACCUUCUCAACGCGUAGGAAAAGGUGAAAAUUUUAUUAUACCACGGAUCCCUAUAAUUCCCACAGAUCUACCUUUUCAAUUCAAAAGGUUGCAGUUCCCUAUUAAGCUCAGUUUUGCAAUGACAAUUAAUAAAGCGCAAGAGCAAACGUUACAGGUAGCGGGGGUCAACUUAGAAAAACCGUGCUUCUCUCAUGGUCAGCUAUAUGUAGCAUGUUUGCGUGUGUCAAAUGCCCAGAAUCUCCACAUUCUUGCCCCGAAUGGAAAAACAUAUAACAUUGUGUACAGUAGCGUCUUAAAAUAG